AUGGCAGUCGAAUGCGCAACCGCGGUGAACGCAUUGGCCAAUAUUGCAACCGCCGUCACUCCCCGCCUCAUUGUGCAGCAGCCGCGGCCGCCUAUCGCCCCAGCGCAGGCCUUGCCAGAAGAGCUAAUGAAGGCGGUGACGGUGGCAACGCAGCAGUCGUUUAUUGCCUCCGAAUUCAAGUUAAUGACCAAAGUGGUCGGCACGGUGGCGCCUGCUCGGCGUGGGUCGUCGCCGUCGGCGAAGCGCAUCCAAAGGAGGCCCAGAAGCAGGGUCAGAGAGGGGGCGGCGGAGAACGCCGCCGUGCCGAGUGCUCCGCCUUUGGUCGCGGAGAAGCCACGAACUCAGGGGAGCGGAGGGAAAGGGUUGAGCCACAAGGAAAUCCCCGCCGCCAAAACGGCCCCAGGCGGUGCUGCCAAAAUUGGCAACGCGCCGAAUGCCAAGAUAGCGGAGGUGACAUCGGUUCCUAAUCAGCCUCUCGCGGGUGCACGCCCUCCGACCGGCGCGUCUGCUAACGUUCCGUCUGCUGACAAGGAUGGCCGCGCGGGGAAAGGGGUGGCCGCUGCGAACGCGCUCAAGGACCAGCUCAGGCUCCUUGCGAGCCAUUGGGCUGCUCAACUGCCUCCCCCCCCUGUCGAUGCACGCCUUGCCAAAACAAUAGCUCGCUUUGAAGCCCCCAUCAUCGCCGUGCCAUCCGCCAGUGUGCCACGUGUAGCGCCGGCCGUCGCCGCUCGUACUACUGCAGACCCAAAGUCCGCUUUGCUGCGCGCCCAGUUGGGCAUGCGAGGGUCGACUGCGCCAACUCAGCAGGCAGCUGGCUCUAGCGCGACGCCAACAUCGGGGAAUCACGCAGCACCCACUUCGGUGGCGGCUGAUGUCAAGAAAGCGGCGGAGAAGGGUGUGCGUGCUGCGCUUGCUACAGGCGGCGGCCCUGUUGAGGAGGUUGCCCUCGACGCGGAUAUUGCUGACAUACAGGCCCACCUGGAUGCGGCCAAACCCCGAACACUGUCCAUAUCGGGCACAGCACAUGUGAGUCCCGCCGGUGGUUCAGCGGAGCGUAAAAUGAUUGCUGAUGCUGUCGGCGAGGGAAAUGCAAAGCGAAAGGGGAAGGCGGGCUCGUAG